GAAAGUGAUACAGAAAAUUUCCUCCCAAAUAAUUCUUUCAUGGCAUCAGAGCCAAAACCCUAGAGGAUUUCCGCGGCUACUGUGGACGAUCGCCCGGCAUCGCGUCCAGCGAUCGUCACUUGGUGUUGUUGCCGAAAGACCGGAACGGUCGACCGUCGGAGAGGAACGGUCGAAGGAGUCGACCGUCCUGACGGCAGUUUCUUCAAUUGAUGCAGUUGUUCGAUCUAUUAUUAGCCCGUGUCGUCUGAAGAGGCAUCCAUGAAGAUUACUCUCAACAAGAAUGAGAAAGAAGAGAAAAAGGGAUAUUCGCCGUUGCCCAAUUUCGAGGAUCUGACUAUGGAACAGUGGAACGUUGUUCGUCACGCCCUUGCGCUGUCCCCUACAGACAUUAAUCAGAAACUUACAGGUGAAAUCCCAGAUGAGAGUGGAUCGAGUAGUUCCCCUUCGAUCGAUCACUUCGAAAAUGAUGAAGAGAUGCCGGCGGAAGAACGGCUGGACCGUUCCACGAGGAACGGUCGACAGGAGGAGACCAGUGUGGCAGACAAGCUACAAACGGUCGACCUGGUGGACCGUCCUGAUGACCACGGUCGACCGUCCGAAAGGCAGAAAGACGGACCUCUGGGAGUGCAACCAACGGUCGACGUGGUGGGCCGUUCUAUUGACCACGGUCGACCGUCUGAAGGGCAGAAAGAUGGGCUCCAGAGGGAUGAUGAAACGGUCGACCGUGAAGAGGAGAACGGUCGACCGUCUCCGAGGCAGAAUGCUAGCGAUCCAGAACAGCUUCAGACGGUCGACCCCGUGGACCGUUCCACGGACGGCGGUCGACCGUCCUCUUCCGAGCAGGCGAUGGAGAACUUGGGACGUGGUCAGCGUGAGAAACAUCCAAAUGUACGCCUUGCCGAUUAUGUUACCCAUGUAGCUGGUUCACAUGUUGGAGAAAAAUGCAAAUAUCCUCUUGCCUCGGAUAAAAAAAUGGUGGUUGUAACUAGCGGCGACCCGGCCGCCUCAAUAAUAAUGAAGAGCAACUACUCUCUGCGUGGAGCAGGGGAUAAUUGUGAUGAUGAUGAGAAGGACUCAUGCCGGAAAUGUAGUGACAACAGUGACGACGACGAUCAUGAAGGAAACCAAACCGACUAUGAAGACGACGAUGCAGGUGGCGGCGACGACGACGAUGGCGGCGAAGAGAGCGCCGAUCCAACGGAUAGCGAUGAGUACGAUUUCACGCGCCACGAUUACGCGUUCCGUGGCCGGGCCCGCCCGGAUAGCGAUUCGAAUGAAUCGGGGUACGACUCACACGACGAAGUGGAUGAAGAUUAUGAUAACCCCCCUAACAAUGAAUGCAACGAGGACGAUGAGGACUGGAGGCCCCCCCUUCCCGACGGAUCCCCUCCCCGAACUCCCUCCCCUCCCUCAAGUUCAUAUCCUUCGGAUGACGAUGACGAUGACGAUGACGAUGACGAUGAAGACGACGACUACGACUAAACUGCAUACUCUGGAUCGCGACCCAUUUAAAAAUAUUUUCAGAGUAAUGCGGAAGUACAAUAAUAAUCAAAUCAUGACACAUUUUAAAAUCUGAUGAUCAAACAUUUGCCUGCCAUCCUUGCAUCUCCUCUGACUCAAUGCCCUCCGGGAAUGGUUCCAUCAUUGUCUUUUUGUUACCUACGUGUAGUCAACGAAAAAUACAAACUACAUGCUCAGCGAAACCGUUGA